CAUUGACCGACUUAACAAAACCUCGCAGUCCCAUCCGUUUAUAUAUAAUCCAAGAAAAACUCCAUGUUAUACAUAUACCACACAAAACUCAAAACGAAACAAAACAAAACGAAAAAAAAGACCUAAAAAGAAAUAUCAAUAUGACGAGUCUCCUAGAUAAAGCCAAGGGUUUCGUGGCUGAUAAACUCGCCGGGGUUCCUAAACCGGAAGGUUCAGUUACGGACGUUGAUCUUAAAGACGUGAACCGUGACUCCGUCGAGUACUUGGCCAAAGUCUCAGUCACCAAUCCGUACGGUCAUGCCAUUCCGAUCUGCGAGAUCGAUUUCACUUUUCAUAGCGCCGGCCGGGAGAUCGGAAAGGGGAAGAUACCGGACCCGGGUUCCUUGAAAGCUAAGGACAUGACAGUUCUUGAUAUUCCGGUGGUGGUACCAUAUAGUAUACUGUUCAACUUGGCUCGAGAUGUUGGUGUGGACUGGGACAUUGACUAUUUACUCGAGAUCGGUCUGACCAUCGAUCUUCCUGUUGUUGGGAAUAUUACUAUCCCUAUUACUAGCAAGGGCGAAAUCAAACUCCCUACUUUUAAAGAUUUCUUCUGAUCUACUUAAACCUAUGAAAUCAAGUUAACCAACGCUUAUCGUUUGUAAUGGUGAUGUAAUAAACGGGUUUGCUUAUAAUCAAUAAAUUUUAUUUUGUCAUAUUAUAAGAAAAAACUUUUUCUAGUUUUUUCUUUUUGUGUGUCUUUUGUUGGUUUGAUAAGUCAGCUAAAUGGUUGACAGCUAAAUGGUUGACAGAUCCUACUCAA